CCAUAACUUUCGCGUUUGUCACAAUAAUAGCCACUUUUGGAGAAAUACCAAAUAUAGCCACUUCCGUCCAAUACUUUAACGAUGUCAUCUAACAGUCUGACUGGACUAACAACAACCAUUGACGUGACAUAUUUUAUUCAAUUUUAAUGCCAGGUGGAAAAUCAUUAAAUUUUAUCCUUUAAGUUUUAAGUAAAUUAAAUAAAAAAAUAAAAAAUACAAACUACAAUCUCAGAAUGAAUACAAAAACCCCUUUCCACGUGGAUGAGAAAAAAAUAAAAAAUGAUCAUACAUUAACUAAUGAAUUUUUUCAAGAUCAAUCUGUGCGUCCCCUUCUCUCUCUUCCAUUAUCAUCUCCCUCACCCGUGCCCCCAAAUCUCAAUCCCUACCGCAAACCACUCUUGCCGACACUACAACCCACAAUCACUCAAAUGCGCCGGAGCUCCGAGCAAUCUAAAACUCUCUCGCCCACGACGGAGUUCCCGACCAGCAGAUGGAUCUAAACAUCUACUCUGGUGCUAAGCUUACCGGACUGAAUGGGGAAUCUCACUGCAGCUUGGCGGUGUUCACAGGAGACGAGAGCAGGGGAAGAGCAGGGGCCCGUGAUCGGCUUGAGGAAGAGUUUCAGCAUCGCUACUGCCGAUUGCGGAAUCGGCGACUAGGGCAAAAAAACAAGAAGCUAGCAUUUGUGGCGGUGUUGGCUUCUACUUCUUCUUCUCUACUCCACUGCGACGGCUUCGUUCAAUCCGCCAUCAGUCGAGCCUUCAAUACAUGAAUCGAAACCCAGAACCAGGGUUCCCUGCGGCGCUUCGUUCGUGCUUUGAGGAAGGACUGGAUUCCAGCCGUUUCGAGAUCGAGAACGAAACAAUCAGGUGCAGAUCUAGUAUCCGCAGAAGCCACACAUCAAAGUCGCCUCACCAAAAAUGGAAGCGGGCCAAGACUACUUUCUCCUCGCAAUUUCGGCUAAUCGUGGCAGUGAAGCAUAGAGGCAGAGUAAGGGUAGCAGGUGUGGCGGCGACACUGCUUUUUCGGUAGAUUUGGAAAAGUGGAGAAGAGGAAUGCAGUUCGCAGUGGACGGAAGCAGCGACGACAGUGGAUUGCGGUCGGUGAACUCCACCUCUCUGUUUCCAGUUGUUGGCGUCUGUUAUUGCCUUAUUGGAGAGCAGCAGACCGACAACAGACUAGCAUAUCUGAACAGAUCUGUUAUGGGGCGGAAAUCCCAAAUCCCUCGCCGGCCCGAGUCUUCCUGAUCUCUGCUUCUAUUCCCCCCUUGUUUGUUAGAGACAUGAGAUUAACCUAAUAUGCAUGUUUUUUCUUCAAUCGAUCUGGAUUCAGAGUACCAAAUAGUUCAAGAGUUGGUGAAAGUGCACGAAGAUGAAGACAAGAAUCAAGAUGAUGAUGAUGCGGGUUGAAGCUGGCGAUGAUUGUGUAGCAGGAAGUUCUUCGAUUAUGAAGGGGAUGAGAGGAAAAAUCAAUUUUUGUUUGAUUCUGGAAGCUUCAAAACCAGCGAGAUUUGUAAAAGGGAUUGCCAGAUUUUUUUUAAUUCAAUUUUGUGAUUAAAUAAAAAUAAAAAAAAAUUCAUUUCAAUUUUUAAUUAAAAUAACACGUGGCUUCUAGGUGUCUUCAACGGAUGAGUUGUCGUUGACGUGUGUGAUGAUUUGACAUCCUAGUCAGCCUAAUGUUAACCUAACUCACCGUCAAAGUUUGUAGCGAAAAUGGCUAUAUUUGUCAUGAAACUUUCAAAAUUCUGGCUAUAAGUGGUAUUUUUCUAAAAUUGGCUAUUAUUGUCACAAACGCACGCGAAAGUUUUGACUAUACAAAUGUAUUUUGGAUAGAAAAUAAGAACCCCAUAUAUUCUCAUCCCGUAAAUGUGCAUCAUGCACCCUAUCCUAAACCGAUCCCGCCGAGUUCCGCACGGGUGGUUAGAAUGGGAAGAUGUGACUUUCUUUUAUUUUAUUUCAUUAGGAACCCCAAAUUGCUGCCUAGAAAGAAAAGGCCAAAGGGAAAGACAGCGAACGUGGGGGAUUGAAUGGACGGGACGAAACGAGAUUGAAGUAUUAGUAUUAUUUUUUUGACAAGAGAAGUAUUAGUAUUAGCCGCCCGCAACCCUCAAGUCAAAAGAAUUGGACCACCAACACCUCAACCAACAUUUGCAAACGAAAACUCUCCCUCCUGUCCUGUCUUCUAGUUGACUUGCAAGCUAGCUACGCACACCUUCUUUCCUGUUUCUUCAUUCAUUCGCUUGCUUGGAACUUAUAUUUGGAUUAAACGUUAACCUCACAC